GUCUUUGGACAACUUCCACGAUUUCAAGAUGGAGACUUUGUUCUAUAUCAGAGCAAUGCCAUCUUGAGGUACCUGGGACGCAAAUUUGUUUUAAAGCAAGCUUGCUCUCUGCCGGCACAGGAUCGAGAACAAACUGGAAAGGAGAAAUACCUGAAGGAUCUACCUAAUCAACUGUCACCAUUUGAAAAGAUUCUUUCUAACAAUGCAAAUGGAACCAAAUUUGUUGUGGGAGAUAAGAUCUCAUAUGCUGACUACAAUCUCCUGGAUAUACUCCACUGUCACCUUGACCUUGAGCCAAAAUGUUUAGCAUCCUUCCCUCUCCUGUCAGCUUACAUUCAACGCUGUGCCACCCGUCCAAAGCUGAAUACAUAUCUGCAAUCGGAAAAGCGCAACAAGCGUCCUAUUACCCCUAAACACAAAUGA